AGCGAAAACAAACAGCUGGGGCUGCGAGCGCCCCCGCCCCGGCCCCGAGACCUCGCCGGCCCGGGCCCCCAGCCGGGGCGCCCGCCCGCCCACCAUGAGGAAGAUCCGCGCCAACGCCAUCGCCAUCCUGACUGUAGCCUGGAUCCUGGGCACUUUCUACUACUUAUGGCAGGACAACCGAGCCCACGCAGCAUCCUCCGGCGGCCGCGGCGCGCAGAGGGCCGGCGGGAGGCCGGAGCCGCUCCGCGAGGACCGCACCAUCCCGCUCAUUGUGACAGGAACGCCCUCUAGAGGCUUCGAUGAGAAGGCGUACCUGGCCGCCAAGCAGCUGAAGGCGGGAGAAGACCCCUACAGGCAGCACGCCUUCAACCAGCUGGAGAGCGACAAGCUGAGCCCAGACAGGCCCAUCCGGGACACCCGCCAUUAUAGUUGCCCCUCCAUGUCCUACUCCCUGGACCUGCCAGCGACCAGUGUUAUCAUCACUUUCCACAAUGAAGCCCGUUCUACCCUCCUGCGCACGGUGAAAAGUGUCCUGAACCGAACUCCUGCCAGCCUGAUCCAGGAGAUCAUCUUAGUGGAUGACUUCAGUUCAGAUCCUGAAGACUGUCUGCUCCUGACUAGGAUCCCCAAGGUCAAAUGCCUCCGCAAUGACCGGCGGGAAGGGCUGAUCCGGUCGCGAGUUCGAGGGGCAGAUGUGGCUACAGCUGCUGUCCUCACCUUUCUGGACAGCCACUGUGAAGUGAACACGGAGUGGCUGCAGCCCAUGCUGCAGCGGGUGAAGGAGGACCACACCCGUGUGGUGAGCCCCAUCAUUGAUGUCAUCAGCCUGGAUAAUUUUGCCUACCUUGCUGCAUCUGCUGACCUUCGCGGAGGAUUCGACUGGAGCCUACAUUUCAAGUGGGAGCAGAUCCCUCUUGAGCAGAAGAUUGCCCGGACAGACCCCACGCGGCCCAUCAGGACACCUGUCAUAGCUGGAGGAAUCUUUGUGAUUGACAAGUCCUGGUUCAACCACUUGGGAAAGUAUGAUGCCCAGAUGGACAUCUGGGGGGGUGAGAAUUUUGAGCUCUCCUUCAGGGUGUGGAUGUGCGGUGGGAGUUUGGAGAUCGUGCCUUGCAGCAGGGUGGGCCACGUCUUCAGGAAACGACACCCCUACAACUUCCCUGAGGGCAAUGCCCUCACCUACAUCAGGAAUACCAAGCGCACUGCAGAGGUGUGGAUGGAUGAAUACAAGCAAUAUUACUAUGAGGCUCGACCUUCGGCCAUCGGAAAGGCCUUUGGCAGUGUGGCCACCAGGAUCGAGCAGAGGAAGAAGAUGAACUGCAAGUCUUUCCGCUGGUACCUGGAUAACGUCUACCCAGAGCUCACUGUUCCGGUGAAGGAAGUCCUGCCUGGCAUCAUUAAGCAGGGGGUUAAUUGUUUAGAAACCCAGGGCCAGGACAUGGCUGGUAACUUCCUGCUCGGAAUGGGGACCUGCAGAGGAUCAGCCAAAAACCCCCCAGCACCUCAGACGUGGCUGUUCAGUGACCAUUUCAUCCAGCAGCAGGGCAAGUGCCUGGCUGCCACUUCCACCUCCGUCUCCACUGGGUCCCUGGUCAUACUUCAGGUGUGCAACCCAAGAGAAGGCCGCCAGAGAUGGAGGAGGAAAGCCUCUUUCAUCCAGCAUUCAGCCAGCGGCCUCUGCCUGGAGACCAAGCCCGACCAGCUGGUGACCAGCAAGUGCCAGGCGGAUGCCCCGGCCCAGCAGUGGCAGCUGUUGCCCCACACAUGACGGUAGCCCCAGGGCCUCCUGUACCUUUUGCAUGAGACUUUGGGACCCGAAGGGGUUAGGGUGGGCGAGUGUAAAGCGGGCCCUUUCCAUCUCCUCACAUUUCUGCCAGAAUCAUCAGCAAACAGCCCUGCCAUGACACGACUCUCCAAAGCUUGCACAGGGAGGGCCUUCCUGGCCUUGCCAGGAACAGGGGGCGCUCAGGGUGCUGGACUGCUGUAGGAUGGAGACUGGGAGGUGUCCUGGUCCUUUGUCCCCUCCCGUGGUCCUCCUGGGGGCCCAGGCUGUGGUUUACAAUCCUCCCCUUGUUGAAUGAGGAGAACAAAUACAGAAGCCCACACAGCAGCCUCAUUGGGUCACGGGGGCUGAGAGGAGAAUGUGGGCGUCGUGGAUGGGAAAGCUGAAGGUGAGAGGAGGGGGCAGCCUGCGGCACAGCCAGGAACAGGAAGGAGGUGAGGGGCUCAGCAGCUUGUCCCGGGCAGGCACUGGCUUGGGUAUGGAGGGCUGGAAUCUGGGAAAAACAUGUAGGAUUUGCAGGACAUGGGCAGAAGAGCUGCAAGACCACCCAAAGCGCAGGUCUCUUCCCGAGGACCCCAGCUCCUCCCACACGUACCAGCCCAGGCCUCUGCCUCCAGCCCUCCACUCUGACCCUACAUUCUUAGUCAGAGGCUGUGUGGGCAGCCUUGAGACACACUUAGCUAAACACACCCCGCCUCUGACCAUGUUUCAGGCUAAGACUUCUCCCUCGGGCCUUAAUGACCAGCUGUGCCCUGGCCCCCCUGCCUGGGCCCACCAUGAGGACCCCCAAAGAGAGGCAGCCAUCAGGUACCACUGAACAGCUCUGAUCUCAUUCAUAGUUUUUGACUCCCGCCUUCUCAAAAGCCUUUGCCCCUGUAAAUACAGCAUUGUGGCCUUGGGGUACCCUGUAAGAAUGGAACCUCAUUUCUGGAGCAUAAACAUUCCUUAAGUCCCUGGGAGAUAAGUCAUCCAGGCUAAGCCUCAUCCUCACCCCUCCCCACUUCAGAAGAGAGGCCCCUAAGGUCAGCUCCCGCAGUGGGCCGGGAGGCGGGCUGCUGGCUCCUGUCUGUGCGGAGAGCGCCUGGGUCCUUCUCAUCCUCACCGGCCUCUUCCUUCUACCCCAUGGACUUGUCUUGCUGUUUCUGCUGUGCCCCGUUUUCCUCCACCCCCUCUCCCCCUGCCGACUCAGGCAGUAUGAUCUUGGGUAAAAGAGGUUGAUACCAGGACCCUGGAGGCCCCUCCCAUAGCUAAUGAAAUGGGAUGGACACAGCUACUCCAGGAAUUCCCCUGGCCUUUCUUAGAGACCCACAACCCCCUAGAGAGUUUAUGGUUCCCAGGGGGCCUAGGAAUCUGCUGAAAUUAUCCCCCAGAUAUUGCAUGUGUGCUUAGAUGCGUUUUCCUGAGGAGAGGGUCUGUGCUUUUCCCCAGCUUCUUACAGAGAUCCCUGAGCCCCAAAGGGUCUGAACCUUUGCUCUGGGUUGAAGCUACUGUGCCCGUCUCCCUCCCCGAUGUGCCUGCGCUGCCACCCUCCUGCUCCCUCUACUCGGUCCUAGGGGUCAGGGGCCAAUCGUCCCUAGUUGGCAGCGCCCCCCUGGAGAGCUCUUAGUGGUGUCCCCUCCUUCCUGGCUCUCACCAGCGUCCUCUCAGCUCCUGAGCUCACCAACCCGGGGCCCUUGGCCACACUUCUCCUGUCCUCUGUUGUCUCAUCCACUUCCACCUCCGUUUUCGUGUCCACCCAGCAGGCAAUGUGGCCUGUUGGGGAGGGGGAGCCUGUACUUCUGUCAUUGAAUGUAAGAGGACUGCUGCUCAGAGAGACGUGGAGGGGCCUGCCCUCCUCCCCUGAGGUCAGACCAGGCUCGGCACUUGUCCGCCGUCCUUUGUGGGACUCAACCCUAUUCUGUUUUUGCUUUUCCUCUUCUUGACCAAAGCAUGUGCCACUAGCUGUCCCUGAGGACUUUGUCUUUAUGAAAAUACACCUGGAAUAAAACCACUUCUCACAUGUACACAUGCACCGUUGUCUUGCUUUCUGGCUCCAGAGCCAAGCCCUCAGUGCCAUCUUCCCAGGCCUUGUAGCAAAGUCCAUGCCU